AUGGGAAACCCGCAAGAUGAGGUUUCCAAGGCAGACAAUGUAUAUGACUAUAUUGUAUUCCGCGCCGCUGACGUGGUUGAUCUCCGCAUUGAUGAUCCGUCUCCUAAGAAUGACGUGGUAACACCUCAGCAGAACCAUACUAACUUUCAGACACCUUCGCAACCAGCCGUUUCUCCCUAUGAUCCUUCGAAUGACCCAAAUUUAUUGGGCUCUUAUCCAUCAAUGUAUUCGCAAAUGCCACCACAAAUGUAUGCUAUGCCGACUGAGGCUUACCCUUACGGUGGGUUUGUACCUCCUCCGUACAUGGGACAUACUAUGUAUGCCUACCAUGGGCCCAACUUUGGGGCACCACCGCCUCAUAUGCAAGGUAUGCAACCACCACCUUUCUUCCCGACGGCGCCGGACAGUGCAUCAUAUGCGCCGAAGCAGUCGGGUGCAACAACUACGGCCUCUCGUCGCUCUCAGUCGCCAAAGAAUGUGAGUGAUGUGCAAAAUAACUUGGCUUUCAUGCAGGACAACGAGGCCAAGCCUGUCGAUACGCAGCCGGCAAUGAGAGAUGCUCCAUCGGCAACAACGUCUGCCUCAGUGCCCUUCUCUGCGCCUAAGCCAGAGGAUGUGCCUUCCGCGAGCGAGGGCCCAGAUUCCUUGGUUACAGAAACACAAGCUAAGAAGCCAGAGAUUUCAGAGCCGUCCGCAGUGUCUGCGAGCAAAGACGUCAAACCGAACGCGGCUGCAGAGACAGGUGAAUUUGACUUUGAAAAAGCCAAUGCGCGCUUCAGCAAAAAACCUACGACACUACAAGGCCCCGAUCAGACAUCUGGCAAACUGAGUGCUAUUCCCCCUGCUGAAGCGCAGACCUUUUACGACAAAAAGUCAGGCUUCUUUGACAAUAUUAGUAGCGAAGUCAAGGACCGACUUGAAGGCGGCCGGAACCGCCAUGCAAUUGCGGAAGAGAAGGAACGCAACAUGCUUACCUUUGGCGAUGAAGCGGCGAACUUUAAUGGUCCUCCUCGUCGUAGCCGCGGCCGU